GGGUGUUUUUCCAGCUUGUAUGAAUUUUUGGUCUAGUUUGUCAUUUUUGUCCACUAUGUUUGUAUGUAUAAAAAACACCCGGGUUGACUUUGGGAAGGAGCCCCUCUAUAUAGGGAUGGAGCCUACAAAGUCAACCAGGUUGUUUUUUCUUUUUGUAUGGUUUGUAUUGUUUGUCGGUCUAGUUUGUAUUGUUUGUACAGUUCACACGUUUGUAAUGUUUGUAAAUCUGUUUGUAUGUUUUGUCGCUUUAGUUUGUACUGUUCGUAUGUUUGUAUGGUUUGUACUGAUUCUGAUUGUAAAUCCGGUUUGUAUACUUCGUAAUUUUCCAUAAUACCCAAACUACCCCUGUCAUUAAUUAAAUAGCCCUUCCCACUUUUUAACCAUUGGAUUGAAGUGUCCAGAUCUAAUGACUAAGGACCCCCCUUAGUCAUGGGAUCCGCUCUCAACAUUUAGGCCUUAACACGUUUUUAUGAAAAUAAAUAGUUGUUACAUAUUUUAUUCAUACAUAUUGCAUAUCUUCUGAAAAUAAUUUCAUCUAGAUCACUAAACAAUGACUAUUAUGCAAGGUUUGUGAAACCGUACCAGAUAUUAUAUCGUAAAAAUUAAUUGCAGAGUAUUAUGUUUUAAAAUCAUGAUUUAGCAGUAGCAUUUCUCAAACAUCUCAGACAUUGCUAUUAUGUAACACUAUGGUUGUUAAUGAGCCAAGCUAUUCGUGAGCGGCUCGGUCUCGAACUCGAUAAAAGCUCGUUCGAUUAAAAAAAAGCUCUACCUUGUUCGGCUCGUGAAGCUCGUGAACUAGCUCGAUUAGGUGGCUCGUUUAAUACAACUCAUGAACUGUCUCGUUUUGAGCUUAUGAGAUGUCCCAACGUUGUGACUAGAGAGCCAACUCGACUAUAACUUAUGAGAAAAUCAAUCUAUAUUCUAUGAGUUGGUUUGUUAAUGAUGCAUAUAAUUAUUAAAUUGUAUAUAUCACCUCAUAUGGUGUUUAAUACAUUGAGUAUAUGUAAGCAAAAACGUCUCAUAUAUGACAUAACAUUAGGUAAUCACUUGUAUCACACAUGACAUAUAAAUAUUAGGAUAUUUAUAUUAUAAAUUAUCUUAGAGUUGAGUUCGAGCCGAACUUUCAAUCUGUCAAGAUUUAAUAAAUGAGCUUACUCGUGUUCGACUCAACUCGUUUAUAAACAAGUCGAACAUGAACAAAGCAAAACUAGACUCAUUAACAGCCCUAUCGGUUGCACUUUGUGCUGGGCCUCGUCAAAACUGUCGGCCAAGUACUUGCACUCCGUGCCGAAGCUUACCCACCCUGAAACGAGAAACUUCUGCCUUGGAGCCUCUAACUACUAAUUAGCCGCCGCUGUCUUCCAGAACCUGACAUCAACAUGGAAUGUAUUUUAAUGGAAAGUAGCAAUAAAAACAAUGUUCAACAAAGCAGAGAAGGAUAGAAUAUCUUUGAAUGAACAAUAAUGUGAGUCCUCCUUCCUCCAUAGGAAACAAAAUGCCCAAAAUUUCACCUCAACUUGCACAUUGUACUGUAGUUUCCAUUCUUUAUUAGGGUUUGUCAUCAACUUGCAGGCUCCUCAGACUAUAACAAUGGCCGGAGGAAGAAGAAACCACCACACCCAGUUCAUCAUCAAUCAUCCAUAGCAAACCAAGAAAAGAAAUGUUGAACCUGCUCGAUGUCCCAAUUCCCGGUUUCUUCUACCUUCUGCUACCGCUCUUCCUAAUCUCCACAUGGCUCAUAGUUUUCAGAAAACCCAAAACCAACAACACCCCGCCAUCUCCAUUCAAGCUCCCCAUCCUCGGCAACCUCCACCAGCUGGGCUCCCACCCGCACCGCUCCCUCCAAUCCAUGGCGCAGCGCCACGGCCCGAUCAUGCUCCUCCACCUCGGCCACGCCCCCAUGGUGGUGAUCUCCUCCCCUGAAUCCGCCAAGGAAAUCCUGAAAACCCACGACCUCACCUUCGCCAACCGGACCGAUUCCAUCAUCUCCAGGAGGCUAUUCUACAACUACAGAGACCUCUCGUUGUCGCCCUACGGCGAGUACUGGCGCCAGAUGAGGAGCAUCUGCGUGAUGCAGCUCCUGAGCACCAAAAAGGUCCAGUCUUUUCGUUCUGUGAGGGAAGAGGAGGCGAAUUUGAUGGCCGGGCUAAUCCAAGCGCGAUCGGGCUCGGGCUCCCCUGUCGAUUUAGGGGAGCUGUUUGCUGGGCUGACAGAGGAUGUGAUUUCCAGAGUUGCGUUUGGGAGGAAGUACAGGAAGCUGAAGGAGAUGUUGAAGGAGAUGGCGGUUCUGCUGGGGAUUUUCAAUGUGGCCGAUUUCGUGCCGUGGAUGGGUUGGAUUAAUCGGUUCAACGGGUUGAAUGAUCGGGUUGAGAGGGUUUUCGGAGAGUUCGAUCGGUUUCUGGACGAAAUUGUGGACGAGCAUGUUGCUGCGAGGGGGAGGCAGGGGAAUGAGAAAACAGAGGAGCUGGAGCAGAGGGAUUUCGUCGAUGUCCUGCUCGACGCACAGCAGGAGAACGAAUUGAUGGAUCGCGACAGCAUCAAAGCAAUCAUUCUGGACAUGUUCGGUGCGGGAAGCGAUACCACAUUCACGGCGCUGGAAUGGGCUAUGACAGAGGUGCUAAAGCACCCAAGAGUGACCAGAACGCUACAAGAGGAGAUCAGAAGCGUGGCCGGGAACAAGCCGAGCGUAAACGAGGACGACAUAGAGCGAAUGCCGUACUUGAAAGCGGUGAUCAAGGAAUCUCUCCGGCUCCAUCCGCCGAUUCCGCUGCUGGUUCCGAGGGCGGCAACGAACGAUACGAAGGUGAUGGGCUACGACGUGAAGGCGAAGACAGGGGUGUUGAUCAACGCGUGGGCGAUCGGGAGGGAUCCCGCGGCUUGGGAGGAUGCAGAGGAGUUCAGGCCGGAGAGGUUUCUGUCGAGCUCGAUCGAUUACAAAGGAUUGGAUUUCCAAUUGAUUCCGUUUGGCGCUGGAAGGCGAGGGUGUCCUGGGAUUACUUUUGCAGCUGCGGUGCUGGAGCUGGCGAUGGUUGCCGUGCUGCACAAGGUUGAUUGGAGCUUCCCCGGCGGAGCGAAAGCGGAGGAUUUGGAUAUGAGUGAGGCCCCUGGGAUGGCUGUCCAGCGGAAGUUCCCACUUCUCGCCAUUGCGACUCUGCACCAGUUUUGAGUAGUGAUUGAUGUGUUCAUGUCGGUUGGACAUGCUUAACAAACACGCUCCUUUACUAUUUAUGCCGCAAAUUUUUUUGGCGAAACACUGUCUCUUGUCCUUCUUUAGUAUUCUUUCUUCUGGUUUAGGGUUCGAUUAACAGAUUGAAAACCCCCUUUUUCAAUUGCAACGGUCACCUUUUGCUCCGACGACGUUUUGAUCAGUUCAGAAGACGUUGGUUGUUCGCUGCGUUUUGGAGACAUCAGGCCGCUCUGGAACGCUGUCGUUUUUUAUUUCCUUUUAUGUUGUCUUUUACCUUUCACUGCAAGUAUGCUGGUUUCCUUUCCAAGCUACAAAACAAUGUUUGUAAUGGUGAUUGUCUUCAUCUGUUGGAUCUGCCUAUAAAAGGCAGAAUGGUGAAAUGAAACCAUAAGCUUUUAGGGUUUCAUUCUCUUUCUCUCCUACUUUGUUGUUACUAGCAAAGACCCGCUCGCUACGCUUCGCGCAAAUGAAAAAUCGAUAUAAUAUUAAGGCAAUUCGAACAAAGCCAAAUCAGUUGGCCUCUAAGAGUAGCCAAGUCGUAAAGACAAUAAUUAAGAAAAAAAGAAAGGUGAAUACUAAUUUCAAAGUGGAAAGCAAACUGAAAGAAACUUUGUUGGAUGAGAUGUCACUUAAAUCGAUAUCAAAUAAUAAAGUAGACAUAAUAGUUUCUCAACAGCAGAAUGGCUGGUAAAAAUGAAGCAAUCUGAGAAAAGGAACACUUGCUAUUAGAAGAUGCAUAUAAUCUGUCUUUCCAAUUUUGUUAUGGCGAUGGCCUUGCCAUGGAAUCGCUCAGAGGCUAAAUGAAGAUUGUCUUUUGGUGCUUGAAUCGUUUCUCUGACCGUCUUAAGCAAAGUAGUGGAGAGAAACGCCAUCGGAACUGGAUUUUCUUCAACUGAGUCGGCGACAGAGCAACAAUGGUUCCCACAAUUUACCUUUACCUCCAAAUCACAAGGAAACUUCCUUUCACCAACUGUGGAUCUCUAAUCACAAUCCCUUGCAACACAUUGUGACUGUAUUUAAAAAAGAUCUUGUUAAUCACUUCAAUUCCCCUAACCCUUAUUCACUCUACAUUAUGACCAUUGAGCCGGCUAGUGGAAUCAGAUGAGUCUUGUGUAUGGACUUUUAAAGUAAAAAUUAUAAAAAAAAAAUAGUCCUCACAGAAUCCAAAGUAUCUCAUUCUCUAUACUGAAAUCAUAAUCAUGCAUAGUAAGUCACUAAAAAUCAGUGCUGUAAAGAUGACAAAGAAGGUCAAAACUCAAAUGACCAAAAGGCAUAGACAUAGAUGGAAGGAACAACUUACACUUGAUGUUACUAAACCUGGAUUGCAAUUCCAUGAAUCUUGGAUUAAUUCCAGAAGCAAAAAAAAAAAAAAAAAACUCAAAUCACAUGGCUAGAUGAACUCAACCCUACAAUUUAAUGCCGAGAGAAAAGCGACAGUACAAUAAGCAGCAUAGAUGUGGUACCAAAUAAACAUUUUCUGCCCUGGAAACCUGAAAGGCAUGAAAAAAUAGUAAAGAAUCAAAGGCAGCAGAACACCAAUAUGUAUCUCAAACCAAGGAGGUCGUGCUUUGGCGCAUUAAGAAUGUUAUCUAGAAUUAGCAAUAAACAGAGAUGAACUCUAAAAUUCAGAACUAAACCUGGUCACUAUCCAUAGGGAAAGCAAUAGGACACUCUUGAAGAUCCAUAAGUGGCAUCCAACUCCAAAGGAAAAAGUCUAUACAUAAUCUUGAAGCUCACUGUGUUUUCACAAUGGAAAGAAUGGGCAUCAAUCAAUUUCAGCUAGCAAAUUACAAAGCUAUAGUUCUUCGGCAUAAUCCUGACUGAAUAUCUAAUGGAGAUAUUAAACAGAACAAAUGGAUAGGCCAUGUGAUCAGAAGGAACCAAUGAGUUGCUAGAAAUGACAUAACAAACACAGGAAUAGAAAAGGUGACCCUGA